AUGGGCCUCCUGUCGGGUGUGUGUGCCUUUUGGAUUUGAGGGCAGGGGGAUGACAUUGUGACUUGGCCUCCUCUGACCGUCCAUUCUCAAGGUCUCGCCAGCGUAGUGCAGAAACUCGGCACACCCUGCCUACCUUGGAAGGAGGCUUUCCCUUCCCCACCUCCCUCCCCUCCAUCUCUUCCCUCUUUCCCUCUCUCCCCUUCACUCUCCUCCCCCAGCUCUUCUCUUCCCCCUUUAUGUUUUCUCUCUCUCUCUCUCUUUUUUUUUCUGCGUUAAACCUUUCGGGAGUGUCUUUGUAAACUAUUAAAAAGCGUUAGGUCUUCAACAUGUAUGUUUACUUGCAGGCCUGAGAACUGGAGGAAACUGGAGAAAAGAUGCCCUCUGACUCUUUCUGUUUGGCUGCCCAGGCUCGCCUUGACUCCAAAUGGUUGAAAACAGAUAUACAGCUUGCAUUCACAAGAGAUGGGCUCUGUGGUCUGUGGAACGAAAUGGUUAAAGAUGGAGAAAUUGUAUACACUGGAACAGAAUCAACCCAGAACGGAGAGCUUCCUCCUAGAAAAGAUGAUAGUGUCGAACCGGGUGGAACAAAGAAAGAAGAUAUGAAUGACAAAGAGAAAAAGGAUGAAGAAGAAACUCCUGCACCCGUAUAUAGGGCCAAGUCAAUCCUGGAAAGCUGGGUAUGGGGCAAGCAACCAGAUGUGAAUGAACUGAAGGAGUGUCUUUCUGUGCUGGUUAAAGAGCAGCAGGCCCUGGCCGUGCAGUCAGCCACCACCACCCUCUCAGCCCUGAGACUCAAGCAGAGGCUGCUGAUCUUGGAGCGCUAUUUCAUUGCCUUGAAUAGAACCGUUUUUCAGGAGAAUGUCAAAGUUAAGUGGAAAAGCAGCAGCAUUUCUCUGCCUCCUGUGGACAAAAAAAGUUCCCGGCCUGCGGGCAAAGGCGUGGAGGGGCUCGCCAGAGUGGGAUCCCGAGCGGCGCUGUCUUUCGCCUUCGCCUUCCUGCGCAGGGCCUGGCGAUCAGGCGAGGAUGCGGACCUCUGCAGUGAGCUGUUGCAGGAGUCCCUGGAUGCCCUGCGAGCACUUCCCGAGGCCUCGCUCUUCGACGAGAGCACCGUGUCCUCUGUGUGGCUGGAGGUGGUGGAGAGAGCGACCAGGUUCCUCAGGUCUGUCGUGACCGGGGAUGUUCAGGGAACGCCAGGCACCAAAGGGCCAGGAAGCAUCCCCCUGCAGGACCAGCACUUGGCCCUGGCCAUCCUGCUGGAGCUGGCUGUGCAGAGAGGCACGCUGAGCCAAAUGUUGUCUGCCAUCCUGUUGUUGCUUCAGCUGUGGGACAGCGGGGCACAGGAGACUGACAAUGAGCGUUCCGCCCAGGGCACCAGUGCCCCGCUUUUGCCCUUGCUGCAGAGGUUCCAGAGCAUCAUUUGCAGUAAGGAUACACCCCACUCCGAGGGCGACAUGCAUCUUUUGUCUGGUCCCCUGAGCCCCAACGAGAGUUUCCUGAGGUACCUCACUCUUCCACAAGACAACGAGCUUGCCAUUGACCUGCGACAGACGGCGGUUGUCGUCAUGGCCCACUUAGACCGUCUGGCUACGCCCUGUAUGCCUCCGCUGUGCAGCUCUCCGACGUCUCAUAAAGGAUCAUUGCAAGAGGUCAUAGGUUGGGGGUUAAUAGGAUGGAAAUACUAUGCCAAUGUGAUUGGUCCGAUCCAGUGCGAAGGCCUGGCCAACCUGGGAGUCACACAGAUUGCCUGUGCAGAGAAGCGCUUCCUGAUUCUGUCACGCAAUGGCCGUGUGUACACACAGGCCUACAAUAGUGACACACUGGCCCCACAGCUGGUCCAAGGCCUUGCGUCCAGAAACAUUGUAAAAAUUGCUGCGCAUUCUGAUGGUCACCACUACCUGGCCUUGGCUGCCACUGGAGAGGUGUACUCCUGGGGCUGUGGGGACGGCGGACGGCUGGGCCAUGGGGACACUGUGCCUCUGGAGGAGCCUAAGGUGAUCUCCGCCUUCUCUGGAAAGCAGGCCGGGAAGCACGUGGUGCACAUCGCUUGCGGGAGCACUUACAGCGCAGCCAUCACAGCCGAGGGGGAGCUGUACACUUGGGGCCGCGGGAACUACGGCCGGCUGGGCCACGGCUCCAGUGAGGACGAGGCUAUUCCGAUGCUGGUAGCUGGGCUUAAAGGACUGAAGGUCAUCGAUGUGGCGUGUGGGAGUGGGGACGCUCAAACCCUGGCUGUCACUGAGAACGGGCAAGUGUGGUCUUGGGGAGAUGGUGAUUAUGGGAAAUUGGGCAGAGGUGGUAGUGAUGGCUGCAAAACCCCAAAGCUGAUUGAAAAGCUUCAAGACUUGGAUGUGGUCAAAGUCCGCUGUGGAAGUCAGUUUUCCAUUGCUUUGACGAAAGAUGGCCAAGUUUAUUCAUGGGGAAAAGGUGACAACCAGAGACUUGGACACGGAACAGAGGAACAUGUUCGUUAUCCAAAACUCUUAGAAGGCUUGCAAGGGAAGAAGGUGAUUGAUGUGGCUGCCGGCUCCACCCACUGCCUGGCUCUGACUGAGGACAGCGAGGUCCACAGCUGGGGGAGCAACGACCAGUGCCAGCACUUUGACACCUUGCGCGUGACCAAGCCAGAACCUGCAGCAUUGCCGGGACUGGACACCAAACACAUAGUGGGAAUUGCCUGUGGGCCUGCCCAGAGCUUUGCCUGGUCAUCGUGUUCUGAGUGGUCCAUUGGCCUCCGUGUCCCUUUUGUGGUGGACAUUUGCUCAAUGACUUUUGAGCAGCUGGAUCUCCUGCUGCGGCAGGUGAGUGAGGGGAUGGACGGCUCCGCGGACUGGCCCCCGCCCCAGGAGAAAGAGUGCGUGGCCGUGGCAACGCUGAAUCUUCUACGACUUCAGUUGCAUGCUGCCAUUAGUCACCAGGUUGACCCGGAAUUCCUUGGUUUAGGUCUGGGCAGCGUCCUCCUGAACAGCCUGAAGCAGACGGUGGUGACCCUGGCCAGCAGCGCGGGCGUGCUGAUACAGGAUAUUGAAGCCAAAAAAGAAGCACAGAAGGAAAAAGAAAUUGAUGAACAGGAAGCGAAUGCCUCAACGUUUCACAGAAGCAGGACNNAUCUACACAAGGAUCUCAAAAAUUUGUUUGAUUCUAGACCUGUUUCUUGUGUUACAGUGGGGUUAUCCAGGCAGGUUAUCAGAAACAUUGCUUCUCAGACUGUGGCCAGAUUGAAGGAUGUUGCCCGUCGUAUUUCAUCAUGUCUGGACUUUGAGCAACACAGUCGUGAAAGAUCUGCUUCACUGGAUUUGUUGCUGCGUUUUCAACGUUUGCUUAUUAGUAAACUUUAUCCAGGAGAAAGUAUUGGUCAGACCUCAGAUAUUUCUAGUCCAGAGCUAAUGGGCGUUGGUUCCUUGCUGAAGAAGUACACAGCCCUUCUGUGCACGCACAUUGGAGAUAUACUGCCUGUGGCAGCCAGCGUUGCUUCUACCAGCUGGCGGCACUUCGCAGAGGUGGCUUGCAUUGUGGAAGGGGACUUUACAGGUGUUCUCCUUCCAGAACUAGUAGUUUCUAUAGUGCUUCUGCUCAGUAAAAAUGCUGGUCUCAUGCAAGAGGCUGGAGCUGUACCUCUGCUGGGUGGCCUGUUGGAACAUCUGGAUCGGUUCAACCACCUGGCUCCAGGAAAGGAACGGGAUGAUCAUGAAGAGUUAGCCUGGCCUGGCAUAAUGGAGUCAUUUUUUACAGGUCAGAACUGUAGAAAUAAUGAAGAAGUGACGCUUAUACGCAAAGCUGAUUUGGAGAACCAUAAUAAAGAUGGAGGCUUCUGGACUGUGAUUGACGGGAAAGUGUAUGAUAUAAAGGACUUCCAGACGCAGUCGUUAACAGGAAAUAGUAUUCUUGCUCAGUUUGCAGGGGAAGACCCAGUGGUAGCUUUGGAAGCUGCUUUGCAGUUUGAAGACACUCGGGAAUCUAUGCAUGCGUUUUGUGUUGGCCAGUAUCUGGAGCCUGACCAAGAAGUUGUCACCAUACCAGAUCUGGGAAGUCUCUCUUCACCUCUGAUAGACACAGAGAGGAAUCUGGGCCUGCUUCUUGGAUUACACGCCUCCUAUUUAGCAAUGAGCACACCGCUGUCUCCUGUUGAGAUUGAAUGUGCCAAGUGGCUUCAGUCAUCCAUCUUCUCUGGAGGCCUGCAGACUAGCCAGAUCCACUACAGCUACAACGAGGAGAAAGAUGAGGACCACUGCAGCUCCCCAGGGGGCACACCUGCCAGCAAAUCUCGACUCUGCUCCCACAGACGGGCCCUGGGGGACCAUUCCCAGGCAUUUCUGCAAGCCAUUGCAGACAAUAACAUUCAGGAUCACAACGUGAAGGACUUUUUGUGUCAAAUAGAAAGGUACUGUAGGCAGUGCCAUCUGACCACACCGAUCACGUUUCCUCCGGAGCAUCCCGUGGAAGAGGUCGGUCGCUUGCUGUUAUGUUGCCUCUUAAAACAUGAAGAUUUAGGUCAUGUGGCAUUAUCUUUAGUUCAUGCAGGUGCACUUGGUAUUGAGCAAGUAAAGCACAGAACGUUGCCUAAGUCAGUGGUGGAUGUUUGUAGAGUUGUCUACCAAGCAAAAUGUUCGCUCAUUAAGACUCAUCAAGAACAGGGCCGUUCUUACAAGGAGGUCUGCGCUCCUGUCAUUGAACGUUUGAGAUUCCUCUUUAAUGAAUUGAGACCUGCUGUUUGUAAUGACCUCUCUAUAAUGUCUAAGUUUAAAUUGUUAAGUUCUUUGCCCCGUUGGAGGAGGAUAGCUCAGAAGAUAAUUCGAGAACGAAGGAAAAAGAGAGUUCCUAAGAAGCCAGAAUCUACGGAUGAUGAAGAAAAAAUUGGAAAUGAAGAGAGUGAUUUAGAAGAAGCUUGCAUUUUGCCUCAUAGUCCAAUAAAUGUGGACAAGAGACCCAUUGCAAUUAAAUCACCCAAGGACAAAUGGCAGCCGCUGUUGAGUACUGUUACAGGUGUUCACAAAUACAAGUGGUUGAAGCAGAAUGUUCAGGGUCUUUAUCCGCAGUCUCCACUCCUCAGUACAAUUGCUGAAUUUGCCCUUAAAGAAGAGCCAGUGGAUGUGGAAAAAAUGAGAAAGUGCCUACUAAAACAGUUGGAGAGAGCAGAGGUUCGCCUGGAAGGGAUAGAUACAAUUUUAAAACUGGCAAGCAAGAAUUUCUUACUUCCAUCUGUGCAGUACGCGAUGUUUUGUGGAUGGCAAAGACUUAUUCCUGAGGGAAUCGAUAUAGGGGAACCUCUUACUGAUUGUUUAAAGGAUGUUGAUUUGAUCCCCCCUUUUAAUCGGAUGCUGCUGGAAGUCACCUUUGGCAAGCUGUAUGCUUGGGCUGUUCAGAACAUUCGAAAUGUUUUGAUGGAUGCCAAUGCCAAAUUUAAAGAGCUUGGUAUCCAGCCGGUUCCCCUGCAAACCAUUACCAAUGAGAACCCGUCAGGACCGAGCCUGGGGACCAUCCCACAAGCCCGCUUCCUCCUGGUGAUGCUCAGCAUGCUCACCCUGCAGCACGGUGCAAACAACCUCGACCUCCUGCUCAAUUCCGGCACGCUGGCCCUCACGCAGACGGCGCUGCGCCUGAUUGGCCCCAGUUGUGACAACGUUGAGGAAGAUAUGAAUGCUUCUGCUCAAGGUGCUUCUGCCACAGUUUUGGAAGAAACGAGGAAGGAAACGGCUCCUGUGCAGCUCCCCGUUUCAGGGCCAGAGCUGGCUGCCAUGAUGAAGAUUGGAACGAGGGUCAUGAGAGGUGUGGACUGGAAAUGGGGCGAUCAGGAUGGGCCUCCUCCAGGCCUAGGCCGAGUGAUUGGUGAGCUGGGAGAGGACGGGUGGAUAAGAGUCCAGUGGGACACGGGCAGCACCAACUCCUACAGGAUGGGGAAAGAAGGAAAAUAUGACCUCAAGCUGGCAGAGCUGCCGGCCGCUGCACAGCCCUCAGCAGAGGACUCGGACACAGAGGACGACUCUGAAGCCGAACAAACUGAAAGGAACAUUCACCCCACUGCGAUGAUGUUUACCAGCACUAUUAACUUACUGCAGACUCUUUGUCUGUCUGCCGGAGUUCAUGCCGAGAUCAUGCAGAGCGAAGCCACCAAGACUUUGUGCGGACUGCUGCGAAUGUUAGUGGAAAGCGGAACGACGGACAAGACAUCUUCUCCAAACAGGCUGGUGUGCAGGGAGCAGCACCGGAGCUGGUGCACGCUGGGGUUUGUGCGGAGCAUCGCUCUCACGCCGCAAGUGUGCGGCGCCCUCAGCUCCCCGCAGUGGAUCACGCUGCUCAUGAAGGUCGUGGAAGGGCAUGCACCCUUCACUGCCGCCUCGCUGCAGAGGCAGAUCUUAGCUGUGCAUUUAUUGCAAGCAGUCCUUCCGUCAUGGGACAAGACCGAAAGGGCGAGGGACAUGAAGUGCCUUGUGGAGAAGCUGUUUGGCUUCUUGGGGAGCUUGCUCACUACCUGCUCUUCCGACGUGCCGUUACUCAGAGAGUCCACGCCCAGGCGGCGCAGGGCGCGCCCGCAGGCCUCGCUGACCGCCACGCACAGCAGCACACUGGCGGAGGAGGUGGUGGCGCUGCUGCGCACGCUGCACUCGCUGACUCAGUGGAACGGGCUCAUCAACAAGUACAUCAACUCCCAGCUCCGCUGCGUCACCCACAGCUUUGCAGGAAGGCCUUCCGAAGGGGCCCAGCUAGAGGACUACUUCCCCGACUCCGAGAACCCUGAAGUGGGGGGCCUCAUGGCGGUCCUGGCUGUGAUUGGAGGCAUCGAUGGUCGCCUGCGCCUGGGCGGCCAAGUUGUGCACGAUGAGUUUGGAGAAGGCACCGUGACUCGCAUCACCCCGAAGGGCAGAAUCACCGUGCAGUUCUCCGACAUGCGGACGUGUCGCGUGUGCCCACUGAGUCAGCUGAAACCACUCCCUGCUGUGGCCUUUAAUGUAAACAACCUGCCCUUCACAGAGCCCAUGCUGUCUGUCUGGGCUCAGUUGGUGAACCUCGCUGGAAGCAAGUUAGAAAAGCACAAAAUAAAGAAAUCUACUAAACAGGCCUUUACAGGACAAGUGGACCUGGACCUGCUGCGGUGCCAGCAGUUGAAGCUAUACAUCCUGAAAGCAGGUCGGGCGCUGCUCUCCCACCAGGAUAAACUGCGGCAGAUCCUGUCUCAGCCAGCUGUUCAGGAAACUGGAACUGUUCAUGCAGAUGAUGGAGCAGUGGCAUCACCUGACCUUGGGGACAUGUCUCCUGAAGGGCCACAGCCCCCCAUGAUCCUCUUGCAGCAGCUGCUGGCCUCGGCCACCCAGCCGUCUCCUGUGAAGGCCAUAUUUGAUAAACAGGAACUUGAGGCUGCUGCACUGGCCGUGUGCCAGUGCUUGGCUGUGGAGUCCACUCACCCUUCGAGCCCAGGAUUUGAAGACUGCAGCUCCAGUGAGGCCACCACGCCUGUCGCCGUGCAGCACAUCCGCCCGGCCAGAGUGAAGAGGCGCAAGCAGUCUCCCGUUCCCGCCCUGCCCAUUGUGGUGCAGCUCAUGGAGAUGGGAUUUCCCAGAAGGAACAUCGAGUUUGCGCUGAAGUCUCUCACCGGUGCUUCCGGGAAUGCAUCUGGCUUGCCUGGUGUGGAAGCCUUGGUCGGGUGGCUGCUGGACCACUCCGACGUCCAGGUCACGGAGCUCUCGGAUGCAGACACAGUGUCCGACGAGUAUUCUGAUGAGGAGGUGGUGGAGGACAUGGACGAUGCUGCCUACUCCAUGUCUACUGGUGCUGUUGUGACGGAGAGCCAGACCUACAAAAAACGAGCUGAUUUCUUGAGUAAUGAUGAUUAUGCUGUAUAUGUGAGAGAGAAUAUUCAGGUGGGAAUGAUGGUUAGAUGCUGCCGAGCGUAUGAAGAAGUAUGUGAAGGCGAUGUUGGCAAAGUCAUCAAGCUGGACAGAGAUGGAUUGCAUGAUCUCAAUGUGCAGUGUGACUGGCAGCAGAAAGGGGGUACUUACUGGGUUAGGUACAUUCAUGUGGAACUUAUAGGCUAUCCUCCACCAAGUUCUUCUUCUCACAUCAAGAUUGGCGAUAAAGUGCGGGUCAAAGCCUCUGUGGCCACACCGAAAUACAAGUGGGGAUCUGUGACUCACCAGAGUGUGGGCGUUGUGAAAGCUUUCAGUGCCAAUGGAAAAGAUAUCAUUGUCGACUUUCCCCAGCAGUCUCACUGGACUGGGUUGCUGUCAGAAAUGGAGUUGGUCCCCAGUAUUCAUCCUGGGGUUACGUGUGAUGGAUGUCAGAUGUUUCCUAUCAAUGGAUCCAGAUUCAAAUGCAGAAACUGUGAUGACUUUGAUUUUUGUGAAACGUGUUUCAAGACCAAAAAACACAAUACCAGGCACACAUUUGGCAGAAUAAAUGAACCAGGUCAGUCUGCGGUAUUUUGUGGCCGUUCUGGAAAACAGCUGAAGCGUUGCCACAGCAGCCAGCCAGGCAUGCUGCUGGACAGCUGGUCCCGCAUGGUGAAGAGCCUGAACGUGUCGUCCUCCGUGAACCAGGCAUCCCGUCUCAUUGACGGCAGCGAGCCCUGCUGGCAGUCAUCAGGGUCGCAAGGAAAGCACUGGAUUCGUUUGGAGAUUUUCCCAGAUGUUCUUGUUCAUAGGUUAAAAAUGAUCGUAGAUCCUGCUGACAGUAGCUACAUGCCGUCCCUGGUGGUAGUGUCAGGUGGAAAUUCCCUGAAUAACCUUAUUGAACUAAAGACAAUCAAUAUUAACCCUUCUGACACCACAGUGCCCCUUCUGAAUGACUGCACAGAGUAUCACAGGUAUAUUGAAAUUGCCAUAAAGCAGUGCAGGAGCUCAGGAAUCGAUUGUAAAAUCCAUGGUCUCAUCCUGCUGGGACGGAUCCGGGCAGAGGAGGAAGAUUUGGCUGCAGUUCCUUUCUUAGCUUCAGAUAACGAAGAGGAGGAGGAUGAGAAAGGCAACAGCGGAAGCCUCAUUAGAAAGAAGGCUGCUGGGCUGGAAUCGGCAGCUACGAUAAGAACCAAAGUGUUUGUGUGGGGUCUGAAUGACAAGGACCAGCUGGGCGGGCUGAAAGGCUCCAAGAUAAAGGUUCCUUCGUUCUCUGAGACACUGUCUGCUUUGAAUGUGGUACAGGUGGCUGGUGGUUCUAAAAGUUUGUUUGCAGUGACUGUGGAAGGGAAGGUGUAUGCCUGUGGAGAAGCCACGAAUGGCCGACUGGGGCUGGGCAUUUCCAGCGGGACGGUGCCCAUCCCACGGCAGAUCACAGCUCUCAGCAGCUACGUGGUGAAGAAGGUGGCUGUUCACUCAGGUGGCCGGCACGCGACGGCUUUAACUGUCGAUGGAAAAGUGUUUUCGUGGGGCGAAGGUGACGACGGAAAACUUGGACAUUUCAGCAGAAUGAACUGUGACAAGCCAAGGCUGAUCGAGGCCCUGAAAACCAAGCGAAUCCGAGAUAUCGCCUGUGGGAGCUCGCACAGCGCGGCCCUCACAUCCAGCGGAGAACUGUACACCUGGGGCCUCGGCGAGUACGGCCGGCUGGGACAUGGGGAUAAUACGACCCAGCUAAAGCCCAAAAUGGUGAAAGUCCUUCUUGGUCACAGAGUAAUCCAGGUUGCCUGUGGGAGUAGGGACGCACAGACCCUGGCUCUGACCGACGAAGGUUUGGUAUUUUCCUGGGGUGAUGGUGACUUUGGAAAAUUGGGCCGGGGCGGAAGUGAAGGCUGUAACAUUCCGCAGAACAUUGAGAGACUGAAUGGACAGGGGGUGUGCCAGAUUGAGUGUGGAGCUCAGUUCUCCCUGGCGCUCACCAAGUCUGGAGUGGUGUGGACAUGGGGAAAGGGGGAUUACUUCAGGUUGGGCCAUGGCUCUGACGUGCAUGUGCGGAAACCGCAGGUGGUGGAAGGGCUGAGAGGGAAGAAGAUCGUGCAUGUGGCCGUCGGGGCCCUGCACUGCCUGGCGGUCACGGACUCGGGGCAGGUGUAUGCUUGGGGUGACAAUGACCACGGCCAGCAGGGCAAUGGCACAACCACGGUUAACAGGAAGCCCACACUCGUGCAAGGCUUGGAAGGCCAGAAGAUCACGCGCGUGGCUUGCGGGUCGUCCCACAGUGUGGCGUGGACAACCGUGGAUGUGGCCACGCCCUCUGUCCACGAGCCCGUCCUCUUCCAGACUGCGAGAGACCCUUUAGGUGCUUCCUAUUUAGGCGUGCCUUCAGAUGCCGAUUCUUCUGCUGCCAGUAAUAAAAUAAGUGGUGCAAGUAAUUCUAAGCCGAAUCGCCCUUCUCUUGCCAAGAUUCUCUUGUCACUGGAUGGAAAUCUGGCCAAACAGCAGGCCUUAUCGCAUAUUCUCACAGCGCUGCAAAUCAUGUACGCCAGAGAUGCCGUUGUCGGGGCCCUGAUGCCAGCUGCCAUGAUUGCCCCGGUGGAGUGCCCCUCGUUCUCCUCCGCGGCCCCUUCCGACGCGUCUGCCAUGGCUAGUCCCAUGAAUGGAGAAGAAUGCAUGCUGGCAGUUGAUAUGGAAGACAGGCUGAGUCCAAAUCCAUGGCAAGAAAAGAGAGAGAUUGCUUCCUCUGAGGACGCGGUGACCCCUUCUGCAGUGACUCCAUCGGCCCCCUCAGCCUCCGCCCGGCCGUUUAUCCCAGUGACGGAUGACCUGGGAGCCGCAAGCAUCAUUGCAGAAACCAUGACCAAAACCAAAGAGGAUGUUGAAAGCCAAAAUAAAGCAGCGGGUCUGGAGCCUCAGGCCUUGGAUGAGUUCACCAGUCUGCUGAUUGCGGAUGACACCCGUGUGGUGGUGGACCUGCUCAAGCUGUCGGUGUGCAGCCGGGCCGGGGACAGGGGCAGGGACGUGCUGUCUGCGGUGCUUUCCGGCAUGGGGACUGCCUACCUGCAGGUGGCAGAUAUGCUGUUGGAGCUCUGCGUCACCGAGUUGGAGGACGUGGCCACAGACUCGCAGAGCGGCCGUCUCUCUUCUCAGCCUGUGGUGGUGGAGAGCAGCCACCCUUACACCGACGACACCUCCACCAGCGGCACCGUGAAGAUACCAGGUGCAGAAGGACUCAGGGUGGAAUUUGACCGGCAGUGCUCCACGGAGAGGCGCCACGACCCUCUCACAAUCAUGGACGGCGUCAACAGGAUCGUCUCCGUGCGGUCAGGCCGAGAGUGGUCCGACUGGUCCAGCGAGCUGCGCAUCCCGGGGGAUGAGUUAAAGUGGAAGUUCAUCAGCGAUGGGUCUGUGAAUGGCUGGGGCUGGCGCUUCACCGUCUAUCCCAUCAUGCCAGCUGCUGGCCCUAAGGAACUCCUCUCGGACCGCUGCGUCCUCUCCUGCCCAUCCAUGGACUUGGUGACGUGUCUGUUAGACUUCCGACUCAACCUUGCCUCUAACAGAAGCAUUGUCCCUCGCCUUGCGGCCUCGCUGGCGGCGUGUGCACAGCUGAGUGCCCUAGCCGCCAGUCACAGAAUGUGGGCCCUUCAGAGGUUGAGGAAGCUGCUUACAACUGAAUUUGGGCAGUCAAUUAACAUAAACAGGCUGCUUGGAGAAAAUGAUGGGGAAACAAGAGCUUUGAGUUUUACAGGUAGUGCUCUUGCUGCUUUGGUGAAAGGUCUUCCAGAAGCUUUGCAGAGGCAGUUUGAAUAUGAGGAUCCUAUUGUGAGGGGUGGCAAACAGCUGCUCCACAGCCCAUUCUUUAAGGUACUGGUAGCUCUUGCUUGUGACCUGGAGCUGGACACUCUCCCUUGCUGUGCCGAGACACACAAGUGGGCCUGGUUCCGGAGGUACUGCAUGGCCUCCCGCGUUGCUGUGGCCCUUGACAAAAGAACACCGUUGCCCCGUCUGUUUCUUGAUGAGGUGGCUAAGAAAAUUCGUGAAUUAAUGGCAGACAGCGAAAACAUGGAUGUUCUGCAUGAGAGCCACGACGUUUUUAAAAGAGAGCAAGAUGAGCAGCUUGUGCAGUGGAUGAACAGGCGACCAGAUGACUGGACUCUCUCUGCUGGUGGCAGUGGAACAAUUUAUGGAUGGGGACAUAAUCAUAGGGGCCAGCUCGGGGGCAUUGAAGGUGCAAAAGUCAAAGUUCCCACUCCCUGUGAAGCCCUUGCAACUCUCAGACCCGUGCAGUUAAUCGGAGGGGAGCAGACCCUCUUUGCUGUGACGGCUGAUGGGAAGCUGUAUGCCACUGGGUAUGGUGCAGGUGGCAGACUAGGCAUUGGAGGGACAGAGUCGGUGUCUACCCCAACAUUGCUUGAAUCCAUUCAGCAUGUGUUUAUUAAGAAAGUAGCUGUGAACUCAGGAGGAAAGCACUGCCUUGCCCUGUCUUCAGAAGGAGAAGUUUACUCUUGGGGUGAGGCAGAAGAUGGGAAGCUGGGGCAUGGCAACAGAAGUCCGUGUGACCGCCCUCGUGUCAUUGAGUCUCUGAGAGGAAUUGAAGUGGUCGAUGUUGCUGCUGGUGGAGCCCACAGUGCCUGUGUCACAGCAGCCGGGGACCUCUACACGUGGGGCAAAGGCCGCUACGGCCGGCUGGGGCACAGCGACAGCGAGGACCAGCUGAAGCCGAAGCUGGUGGAGGCGCUGCAGGGCCACCGUGUGGUAGACAUCGCCUGUGGCAGCGGAGACGCCCAGACCCUCUGCCUUACGGACGACGACACUGUCUGGUCCUGGGGGGACGGGGACUACGGCAAGCUUGGCCGAGGAGGCAGCGAUGGCUGUAAAGUGCCAAUGAAGAUUGAUUCUCUUACUGGUCUUGGAGUAGUUAAAGUGGAAUGCGGAUCCCAGUUUUCUGUUGCCCUUACCAAAUCUGGAGCUGUUUAUACCUGGGGCAAAGGCGAUUAUCACAGGUUGGGCCAUGGAUCGGAUGACCAUGUUCGAAGGCCUCGGCAGGUCCAAGGGUUGCAGGGAAAGAAAGUCAUCGCCAUUGCCACUGGCUCCCUGCACUGUGUGUGCUGCACAGAGGACGGUGAGGUUUAUACAUGGGGCGACAAUGAUGAGGGACAGCUGGGAGAUGGAACCACCAACGCCAUCCAGAGGCCUCGGUUGGUAGCUGCCCUUCAGGGUAAGAAGGUCAACCGUGUGGCCUGUGGUUCAGCACAUACCCUCGCCUGGUCGACCAGCAAGCCCGCCAGCGCUGGCAAACUCCCAGCACAGGUCCCCAUGGAGUACAAUCACCUGCAGGAGAUCCCCAUCAUCGCACUGAGGAACCGCCUGCUGCUGCUGCACCACCUCUCCGAGCUCUUCUGUCCCUGCAUCCCCAUGUUCGACCUGGAAGGCUCGCUCGACGAAACUGGACUCGGGCCUUCUGUUGGGUUCGACACCCUGCGAGGAAUUCUGAUAUCCCAGGGAAAGGAGGCAGCUUUCCGAAAAGUAGUGCAAGCAACCAUGGUGCGCGAUCGUCAGCACGGUCCCGUCGUGGAGCUGAACCGCAUCCAGGUCAAACGAUCAAGGAGCAAAGGUGGGCUGGCUGGCCCCGACGGCACCAAGUCUGUCUUUGGGCAGAUGUGUGCUAAGAUGAGCUCCUUUGGUCCCGACAGCCUCCUCCUUCCUCACCGUGUCUGGAAAGUCAAGUUUGUGGGUGAAUCUGUGGAUGACUGUGGGGGUGGCUACAGUGAGUCCAUAGCUGAGAUCUGUGAGGAGCUGCAGAACGGACUCACACCCCUGCUGAUCGUGACACCCAACGGGAGGGAUGAGUCUGGGGCCAACCGAGACUGCUACCUGCUCAGCCCAGCCGCCAGAGCACCUGUGCACAGCAGCAUGUUCCGCUUCCUGGGUGUGCUGCUGGGCAUUGCCAUCCGAACCGGGAGUCCCCUAAGCCUCAACCUCGCUGAACCUGUCUGGAAGCAGCUGGCUGGGAUGAGCCUCACCAUCGCGGACCUCAGUGAGGUUGAUAAAGAUUUUAUUCCUGGACUCAUGUACAUCCGAGACAAUGAAGCCACCUCGGAGGAGUUUGAGGCCAUGAGCCUGCCCUUCACGGUGCCGAGCGCCAGCGGCCAGGACAUCCAGCUGAGCUCCAAGCACACGCACAUCACCCUGGACAACCGCGCGGAGUACGUGCGGCUGGCGAUAAACUACAGACUCCAUGAAUUUGAUGAGCAGGUGGCUGCUGUUCGGGAAGGGAUGGCCCGCGUUGUGCCUGUCCCCCUCCUCUCACUGUUCACCGGCUACGAACUGGAGACGAUGGUGUGUGGCAGCCCUGACAUCCCCCUGCAUCUGCUCAAGUCGGUGGCCACCUACAAAGGCAUCGAGCCUUCCGCAUCGCUGAUCCAGUGGUUCUGGGAGGUGAUGGAGUCCUUCUCCAACACAGAGCGCUCGCUCUUCCUUCGCUUCGUCUGGGGCCGGACGAGGCUGCCCAGGACCAUUGCCGACUUCCGGGGCCGAGACUUCGUCAUCCAGGUGUUGGAUAAAUACAACCCUCCAGACCACUUCCUCCCUGAGUCCUACACCUGUUUCUUCUUGCUGAAGCUGCCCAGAUAUUCCUGCAAGCAGGUGCUGGAGGAGAAGCUCAAGUACGCCAUCCACUUCUGCAAGUCCAUAGACACGGAUGACUAUGCUCGCAUCGCGCUUACAGGAGAGCCGGCCGCCGACGACAGCAGCGAUGAUUCAGAUAACGAGGAUGUCGACUCCUUUGCUUCAGACUCUACGCAAGAUUAUUUAACAGGACACUAAGAUGGGGAAACGUCCUUGUGAAACGAAAGCCUGAGCCAGGCGGCAGAGCGCUCGCUGCUGUGUAGACUGUAGGCUGCCUGGUGUGUCUGAUGAGAAGCGUCUGUCCUCGAGCCAGGCGGGAGGAGGGGGUGGAGAGACUGACUGGCCGUGCUGGGAAUGACAGUGGAAAGGUCCGCCUGUGCGCGUGGAACACCGUGGACGCUCGACUUCCAAGGGUCUUCUCACCCGCAAUGCUGCAUUACAUGUAGGACUGUGUUUACACAGUGUGUAAAUGUUUAUAUAAAUACCGAAUUGCAGCAUCCCCAAAAUGAAUAAAGCCUUUUUACUUGUGGGUGCAAUCGAUUUUUUUCUUUCUCCUUUCUUUCAAGUGUCGUGAGUCGUCUUGAUUGUAUAUUGGAAAUAACUGUGUAACAAAUCAUUAUUAUAAAUAUUUCAAUUAAUUUCACUCUGAAUUUGUUUAUUAAAAGCCUUUUGAACAUGAAAUGAUCAGUAUUACUUGAAUGCAUCCAGAGGAUAUUUAAACCAAAAUGAAAAACCAGAAGGCCAUUUGGUGUCCCCUCUCCCAGGUGUCCCCUUCUAGCAUAUGCAUUAUGUCAUCUGAAUUGAGGCCUUUCUGUGAACAGCAUCAUAACUUCUAUCAUGGAAAGUGUACUAUAUAUAAUGUUUGUGUCAUGUAUAUGCCUAAAUUUUAAUUAUCUAUAAAUAAAACAUCUGUCAUAAAA